AGGUGAUUGUCAUGAAUGAAUUGCCUUCGAUGUUGGAUCUCAUCGCUCGAUCAGAAACAAGUGUGUAAGUAUGACAGUAGGAAAGUAGUCACUUUUGUCAGUUCUUACAUUAAUGUGAACCAGAGAGAGCGCGCACUACAAGUAGCAGUGGCCGGUGUGGGUCCAAUCUCUGCUGCCAUCGAUGCCCAUUCCAAGGCAUUCCAAUUCUACAAGCAUGGCAUUUACAAAAGAAAUGAUUGUAAUCACCAAGCAAAUCAUGCGAUCUUGGUGGUUGGAUACGGAACAGAAAAUGGACAGGACUACUGGUUGGUGAAAAACAGUUGGGGUCAGCGGUGGGGUGACCAUGGUUAUAUCAAAAUGGCUAGGAACUAUAACAACAUGUGUAGUAUUGCGACGCUUGCUAGUUACCCUAUUUUGAGAUAGCAUACUCAUCGUUUGAAAUUUUUUAUGAAUUUUCUUUUUAAACCACAUUACAUCUAUUUUUGAUCAUUGCUGUUUUGUUAGGUAGUUACCUAUCACUUAAUCGUCUUGUACAAGGAAUAUAGCUCUUUCAGAAACCUUAUACUAAACUUCUAUUGCUUCGUUCGGUUUUUCACUAGCGGAGAGCUGUCACUAUAAUAGUCAUACUAGCCCCACUGACGAGCGCCGUUCAAUGUUUUCACUAAUUCAUGUGCGAAACGAUUUCUAAAAACGGCUGAGAUGGAUCUGUAAUACUAUAUAGUAUAAAGGUUAAUAUACACACUCUAGU